UAUUUCUUGCUUUUUAAUUUAUUCGCGGUUCGCGGCAUUGUAUGGAAUAUACGCCGGUAAAUAAAUUUCAAUAAUUGUUAAAACAUUUAAAUGCGUUUUUGAAUGGGAGUAAAGAGAAAUUUGGAUUCUGCAGGUAUGUCUGCCCAAACUGAUACUAUCUCUGAAGAUGAAGCUGCCUUAUAUGAUCGUCAAAUCCGUUUAUGGGGAUUAGAGUGUCAAAAACGCAUUCGAGAUGGCAAAAUUCUCGUUCUUGGACUGAAUGGACUUGGAGCAGAAGUGGUAAAGAAUUUGACACUCAGUGGAGUAAAAAGAAUUGUCAUCAUGGACAAUGAGCCUGUCAAGCCUUCUGACGCUACUGCUCAGUUUUUUGCAGCUGGGAGUGAAGUUGGAAUAAAUCGUGCUGAGGCAUCUAAAGCUGCUAUUCAAGAGCUAAAUCCUAAUGUGGAAGUUAUCAUUGACAAAGAGGAAUUUGACUCAAAGUCGGAGUCUUUCAUCAAAUCAUUCAAUGUUGUAUGUGCCUGUGACUGUACUCCAGAUGUUAUUUUUAAAGUGAACAGAAAGUGCAGGGAGCUGAAUGUAACAUUCUUCUCUGGGAGCACAUUUGGUCUUCAUGGCUACUGUUUUGUAGACACAGAAACUAUCACUUAUACAAGGAACAUUGAAGUACGGCCAGCAGCAGAUCAUCCAGAUAAUGUCCAUUUUAAGCCAGUGAGAGAAAUUGAGGAAGUUAAUGAGUAUUGCCUAUUAGAAAGUGCUUUCAGUCUGAAGGUAAAUGCUGGUUUGAAAAAGAAAGUUAAUCCAGUUUUCUUACUUCUCCAAAUCCUCUUCAGGUACCAGCAACUUCAUAAAAGAAACCCCUCUCCACAAUCUAGGGAAGCAGACAUUUUGGAACUUCAGAAAUUAAGAGCUGAAGUAACUCAAGCUGUUGGAUGCGAUGAAGGAAGAGUUGGAGAUGACAUGCUCUGCUCAUCAUUUGGUGAACUAAGCCCUGUUUGUGCUAUCGUUGGUGGAGUUUAUGCAAAUGAAAUUAUUAAAAGUCUUUCAAACCAUGUUAAUUUGAUGUACAAUUUUUUCCUGUUCAAUGGUGAAGAUUGCAAUGGAGUUGUAGAAGCAUUUAUUCCUCCUGAUGAACAUAAAAAAUAAUCACUUUUGUCUAUUUCAUUAAAAUUUCACUCAUUCAUUGAUAAUUGUGUUAUUCAAUCAGAAAUGCUGACAAAGACUAGCUCGUAUUUUACUUUUCCUUCCUAUUUGUAAAUUUUGAUUUUUUUAUUUUACUUUUACAUCAUGGAAGCACACCUCAAAUUUAGUUGCCUGAAGCAAGUGUUGGGGUGAAACUAUUUCUGGCUGACCCCGUGAUUCUGGACUUUUUUAAUUGCCAAAUCUUGAACUGUGGCAGGGUUUCCGCUACGGUCGCAUUUUUCGCAAAAUGCGAAAAACCUAUUUAAAUUGCGAAAAUAAAACAAGGCGUUUUCGCUUUUUUGCUCAAAUAAAAAAGUACAGAAAUAAAGAAUUUAAAAAACAAAACUAUGCAUGAAGCAUGAUCCGAGAGAUUAUUAAACAAGAACAGCGAUACUCAACUUAAUCAUAUUACAAUUCUUAGUUCAGAAAAUGUUUCAAUUACUAUUAAGUUCAACAGCCAGUACUGAGUCUUUAUUUGCAAUCUGACCUCCUAAUAAAUGAAUUUUUGGACUUCAUUAAAUGUCGAUGUUUUAGCAUUUUGCUAAACUUAUUUUACUAACGUUAGCUUUUAUGCUAAAGAAGUUUUAAACUCAGCUUAAACCCUGAACUGUGGUGAAAAACUUUUGAAUAAUUUGCCAUAAUUUGUCAAUGAUUAACCAAAAUUGCAAUGUUUAAAGAUACGUUGAAUGCAUCAAAAAAUGUGUUCUUUGUUAUUUGUCUCUAAUGGGACUGCAUAUUGGCUCCUCAUCACUUGCAAAGCUAGUGACACCCCCUCCCCCCAACAGACCUGUGGAACUCAGGGACUGGCUUUCAUUGUUUCAUAUUGCUCCACUAGCAAUGUGCCAGAUAUCUGUAUCCAUAUCUGCGGAAAAAUAAA